GAAAAGCCCUCGAAAUGGCGACGGGGGUUUGAACGCACUCGAAGAAAAACUGAUGAAAGUGAAGAGAAAGUGGGGCCCGGCUAAUAACAACCAGGGACAUGCGGCACUGUGCAGUAACAUUUCAUCUAUUUGACGCGCCCGGUUGUGCCAGUUCCGCAUCUUUCGCUGAUUCUAAACGUUCCGAAAUAAGUGGAGACGAAUCGAAAUUUCACGUCUUGUGGGUAACAAUGAGGUCAAUAUUAUUAGUGACACUUUACUUGGUACUUCCGGCUAUUCAUUGCGAUGGUAAUCGUAACAAUGGAGUUCGUGUCGGUGUAUUCAGCCAACGAUUUGAGGAUUGGGUUGUGUCAAUGGAUGAGAGGGGCAAUAGCCGGGAAUCUCGUGAUAUGAAGUUUGGGAAUAGAUCUAUAGUGGUGCAUAAAAUUGUCACGCCGAAUAAGCGUGAAGUAUCUGAAACGGAUUUAUAUUUAUUGGGUGCGAUUGAAAAAUUACUAUACAAAGUCGAGGGUCUUGAGAAACGAUUACGAAGGGCUGAAGAAUUACUGUACUACGUGAUCUCUGGGAACAGCACUCGAGAAGAGCCAUGCCCAACGAAUUACACGAGAAUCGGUAAGGGCUGUUACUACAUCAGCUCUCGCGAGUACGACUGGAAGUCGUCAGCGAGUCUCUGCCGAUCGCUGGGUGGAAAUUUGCUGGAAUUGGAGACCCCAGAGGAGUACAAAACAGUGAAAAAUCACCUGCAGACUACGAAGGGAGUCAGGGGCUUCGAUUUUUGGACGGGGGGAUUGAAUCCUGGCUUGCUGUGGAUUUGGGCAAGCAGUGCGAAAGCUGUUUUCGAGAAUCAAGUCGAGACCGUCGACGGCUAUGGCCGAUGUCUCAAGAUCCGCAAUUCUAUACCAAAGAAUUAUUCCCUCUACGGGGAGGAAUGCAUCAAGAAACUCCGGUACAUCUGCAAACCCGCGAAGGAUGACUCGACUAAUGAAGUCGAGAAGAUCGAACGGGGACUGGAGAUGAAGAGAAAAUCUCUCCACUGAGUGAGACUAUAACACUCUUCAAGACAUCGCAACUGAAAUCGAUUAUUUAUUUGAUAGAUUAUUAUUAAUUAACGACUGCAGUAAUAAAUCUCAUUAACAUUCA